CGAGUGGCCUUCUCUUGGGGAUCCCUGUCAGGCUGCACCCAUUGCCCUGCUGUGUUCACCUCUCAGCACCUACUGCUGUCUGAGAGUAUCUUGUUUCCUCGUGUAUGGAUGGUCCGUCUUUCCCUUGAGUGUGUGAGGCCUUGGUGCCCGCCUACCCCCCAGCACCUAGCACAGUGCUGACACAUCAUUGCAGGCACUCAGUAGGCACUUGUUCUAAAAGCUUGAUUCUUGGGGAAACACCCCUAAGUUAAGGUGUUCUUCUCCCCAGUCACUUCAGCUAAGUUGCUGUGAAACUAAUGCUAGUUUCUGGAGUGAUUGUAUCUUUUGUGGGAGGAAGGGGAGGCAGCUCUAUCAGUCAGAUUCCCGAGAGGAAACAGAUGGACACUCAACGGGAUAAUUGAGGAGCGAUUAUUAAAGGGGUUAUCAAGGUUUAGGGAAACCAAGAAGGGAGUGUGAAGUACUGCCAAAAACAGAGAGAAAAUAGUUGCAUGGAGCAGGCCCGCAGCCACCCUGCUGUCACCCGGAAGCCAGGGAACCCAUUGAAUGAAUGCCCUGACCUUCUCUGCUCCCAGUCUCUCAUCUUCUGCCUGUGCCCCCAUUGGCUUAGCCCAGUGGGGUGCCAGAGGGCAAGGGAGACAACUCCACAUGAUCAGCCUCCAGCAGAGUGAAAGGGUGCAGAGUACAAGGAGAGUAAAUCAUAUAAUGUGUCACGCCAAUUAUUUUGUUCCUUAAUCAAACACUGUUUUGUAUUGUUACUUAUUUUAUAUGUUACUUAUUUUAUAUGAUGCCAAUAAGGGAAAGGUAUUUGAGGACAGGGAAAUGCUUACAGCUCCUUUAACACCCUGGGAUGAUGUGAUGGGGGUUAUUCCUCAAUAUGUGUGAAUUUUGAGUCUUAAUUGAAUAAUAUGUGAAAACUUGUGAAAUGAAUAUGUUCUGAAACCAGAAUAUUUUGAGUAAAUCUUAGGAAUGACAAGCCACAAUUUAACCCUCCAUGAUAGCUUGCUCAUAGUACCCCAGUGCCUGGGACGCAGGAAUGACAGAUGGUCCGUUUUGUGUGUCAGUGUGCUUGUUCAAGUGCAUCAUUUAUGACCACAAUCAUGGAACUCCAUUUGCUUCCCAGGCCUGACAAAAUUCUCAGUAGGGAAGUGGAUGAUUGAUGAACCUUCUAGGGCACUUUCUCUGUCUCAGCUCACUCUAUUCUGAGGCUGAUUAUAUUCCUAAAGGGUUAGUGAUUCAGCAUUGUCCUAUCAAGUAAUGUAUUUUAGGAACAAAAAAAUAAGUGAUUUAAUUUGAUGUUAAAAGGCAAAGCUAAGUUCUAACAUAAUCUGUUCUUUAUCAUUUGUUGAGAGCUCAUGAUGUAGACCUUGAAUUUUAAAAUGUAAUAGGAAAUAAUAGCUACCUCGUUUGAGCUCCUAUUCUGGACUCUACUGACGUGCAAUCCAGUAGUCUCAUAUAGUUGGUAUUGGUGCAGUUUUAUUUUUGAAAUAAACUUAAGUCAUCAUCAGGAAAGCUAGAUUCAGGUUUCAAGCUUGGCAUCUGUCUGAAGCCAAGGGCCAGGUUCUUGCUGCGUGCACAGAUGCCCUCAGGCGAGGACUGCCAGGACCCUCAUCGGAAGCCUGCAGUGGGGUAAGGGUGGGACUGUGGAGCUGGUCAGCGAGGAGGACAGGGCUGAGGUGGUCACGAAUCGCUCUCUUGCUUGCCUAUGCUGUAGGAGAUCAGCGGCCACGGGAAAGGAGGAGCGGUGGUGUGGAAAGGGCCAUGAGGAGGGCCACUGACACCAGUUGGUGGACUCAUUGGGGAGCACUGGCAACCGUAAUUUCAAGCCCCUCUCCUUCCAACUUGUAGAUCAACUGUCACUGUGCUUAUGGUCAUAGGGCCUCUACCAUGUGUCUGAGUUCCUCAUUUUGUACCCAAAGGUUAUCUUGUAGUGUUAGGAAUUCUUGGAGCCCUGAAACCAGAAAGAGGAUUUAGAGUUUCGGUUCCAAAUGAGGAACCUAAACUCAUUUGUCGAGCAGUUUGACUCUUUCCCAACUGAGAGAAGGUAUUGGAGACUUGGAGGAGGAAAAUGCGAAAGAGAAAAGGAUUCAAGCAGACAGUUCACGUAACAGAGGCCUUGGAAGGACACUUUGCAUCAGGACACCCCGCAGAGAUCAGCCAUUCCUAGGCUCACCAAGAGGUUUGGAUUUGCUUCAAAGGGCACUCCAAAAAUUGAACUGAGAAAUCCCAAGUAAGCUGCCUGAAUUUCCCUGUACAUUCUUGGUCUACAUCCUGUAAAGGACCAGACAAGUCAAAUUGGUGGUUUUUUGGUUUCCAGCAGCCGUGGAUGCCUCUGACAUUAUGACUGCAGAAGAUUCCACUGCAGCCAUGAGCAGCGACCCAGCCCCCGCAUCCGCGGUCAGGGUGCCCGAGGGCGUGGCCGGCGCGCCCAACGAGGCGGCGCUGCUGGCGCUGAUGGAGCGCACGGGCUACACGAUGGUGCAGGAGAACGGGCAGCGCAAGUACGGCGGCCCGCCGCCCGGCUGGGAGGGCGCGCACCCGCAGCGCGGCUGCGAGGUCUUCGUGGGCAAGAUCCCCCGCGACGUGUACGAGGACGAGCUGGUGCCGGUGUUCGAGACGGUGGGCCGCAUCUACGAGCUGCGCCUCAUGAUGGACUUCGAUGGCAAGAACCGCGGCUACGCCUUCGUCAUGUACUGCCACAAGGCCGACGCCAAGCGCGCCGUGCGCGAGCUCAACAACUACGAGAUCCGCCCGGGCCGCCUGCUCGGCGUGUGCUGCAGCGUGGACAACUGCCGCCUCUUCAUCGGCGGCAUCCCCAAGAUGAAGAAGCGCGAGGAGAUCCUGGAGGAGAUCUCCAAGGUCACCGAGGGCGUGCUGGACGUGAUCGUCUACGCCAGCGCCGCCGACAAGAUGAAGAACCGCGGCUUCGCCUUCGUGGAGUACGAGAGCCACCGCGCGGCGGCCAUGGCGCGCCGCAAGCUCAUGCCCGGCCGCAUCCAGCUCUGGGGCCACCAGAUCGCCGUGGACUGGGCCGAGCCCGAGAUCGACGUGGACGAGGACGUGAUGGAGACCGUGAAGAUCCUCUACGUGCGCAACCUCAUGAUCGAGACCACGGAGGACACCAUCAAGAAGGUCUUCGGCCAGUUCAACCCCGGCUGCGUGGAGCGUGUCAAGAAGAUCCGCGACUACGCCUUCGUGCACUUCGCCAGCCGCGAGGACGCCGUGCACGCCAUGAACCACCUCAAUGGCACCGAGCUGGAGGGCUCGUGCCUCGAGGUGACGCUGGCCAAGCCGGUAGACAAGGAGCAGUACUCCCGCUACCAGAAGGCGGCCAAGGGCGGCGGUGCGGCCGAGGCGGCAGCCGUGCAGCAGCAGCCCAGCUAUGUGUACUCGUGCGACCCCUACACGCUGGCCUACUAUGGCUACCCCUACAACGCGCUCAUCGGGCCCAACAGGGAAUACUUCGUGAAAGCAGGCAGCAUAAGAGGCCGGGGUCGAGGUGCAGCUGGCAACAGAAACCCAGGGCCCAGGGGUUCCUACCUCGGGGGAUAUUCUGCUGGCCGUGGUAUAUAUAGCCGAUAUCAUGAAGGGAAAGGAAAGCAGCAAGAAAAAGGAUUUGAACUUGUACCGAAUUUGGAAAUCUCUACUGUCAACCCAGUUGCCAUUAAACCUGGUGCAGUGGCCAUCCCUGCCAUUGGGGCCCAGUAUUCCAUGUUUCAGGCGGCUCCCGCUCCUAAAAUGCUUGAAGAUGGCAAAAUCCACGCAAUGGAGCACAUGAUCAGUCCCAUCGCCGUGCAGCCAGACCCAGCCAGCGCCGCCGCCGCUGCCGCUGCUGCCGCCGCCGUCAUUCCCGCGGUGUCAACGCCACCGCCUUUCCAGGGCCGUCCAAUAACUCCCGUAUACACGGUGGCUCCAAACAUUCAGAGAAUUCCCGCUGCCGGGAUCUAUGGGGCCAGUUACGUUCCCUUUGCUGCUCCGGCCACAGCCACGAUCGCCACACUACAGAAGAACGCGGCCGCGGCCGCCGCCGUCUACGGAGGCUACGCUGGCUAUAUACCUCAGGCCUUCCCUGCUGCUGCUAUUCAGGUUCCCAUUCAUGACGUCUACCAGACGUACUGAUUCUGGGGGUGAGAGCGGAGACGGAUCGCGAAACUACCACUGAAGGAACACUUUACUAUUUAUGAAGAAAGAGCAUGGUGGCUUAGCACACAGAUGAAACCUGAAAGUGAAGAAUGUAGUCAAGUACCAUACUGAAAUAUUUUAUAUACAUGAAGUUUUCACUAGUUUUUUAAGACUAUUUUCAACUUAGCAGCCUGUGUUCAUACAUUUCUAAGAGACUUGUAAUGGUUCGUGCCUUAAGACCAUCUCUUAAAAAUUUGUAUGCUGUAGUACGUUUGUAUAGAGGUUUUUGUUUUUGUAUUUUUAAGGAUAUAUUUUCAGUAUGAAGGUUAUUUUCUUAACUUCUGCACUCCAGAGAUUUCUAUUUUGUAGUACCUUCAAUAAUAUAUCAACUAUAUAUUAAAAGGCACACUUGAGCAGCUAGGGAACUAUUUUGAAAAAUAUAUUCAAUAUUUAAAGAUACAAACAAUAGUGCUUUAAAACUAUCACAUAAAACGUUAUUUUAAAAAUUAUACUGGAAAGUGCAAUUUUAAAAUGAGUAAAACCUCUAUUUUUGCUGGCAUUAAGGGUUGACGGGGUUACCAUGUGUUAUCUACGAUGGUUCUAUUUUUUUUUAAAGAAAUUAAACACCCGGUCUCUCCUUAAGCCAACAUUGGAAAGACUUGUCACACUUCUGGGUCUAAACACUGGAAUGCUCUCCCCUGCCACCAUUACCCUGGGGCCUGCUCAUUCUUUCUGGGUCUUUGCUCUUAAACUUAACAUUGCCUUCUACUCCCCUGCUCAUCCCUGCCUUCUACCCGCAUCCCACCUCCCUGUGUGGCAAGUCUAGAGCAGAUGAAUUACUCUGGUAGAGAAAACAUGGGUGGCUUUUGUACUUCUGGGUUUUUGUUGGGGAUUUUGGGUUUUGGUUGGGGACGUAUUUUCAAUAGCAGACUAUGUGUAAGCACAGAUUUUAGUAGUUUUCAUAAGACAUCUUUGCAUAGCUAUUUAAUUGCCCGAUAGAAAACUUCAGUUCCUUUUCUCACGCUUGUAUUUUAUUUGCUUUUGAAGUAUGAGUUUGUAGAGACGACGAAUGUUAUUGUAGCAAGGCCCCCCAGAGACUCCUGUUGCAGAAAGUGACACUUCUAGUUGCCUUACCGUGUUUCAUGCAAAAAUGUCUGUGGUCGCCAGUGACGUUAAAAAUAGUAUGUUUGUUAGACAGGGCUUCCCUCCGUGGCUGUGCCACGUGGCAGGUGAACUGCGUCGACCGUGCACGCCCAGGAGGAGGGGGAGACCGGCAGGAGUUAAGACAUAGUUUGUAAAUACCCUAAUGCUCCUUUUUAGGUUUUUUAUGUUGCAGAAGUUCAUGGUAUAGAGUUUAAUGCAAACGGAAACCAUUUUAUUUCAAUGUUAUUAAAAGCUUUGUUUUAUUAGGAAGUAAAUAUAUUGUUGCAGUGUUUUGUGCCUGUUUAAAGGCUUUUGUUUAGCAGAGUGAAUGUAAAAUACAGUAAAAUAUUAAGAUCGUCAUCUACUUUAUGAAAUACAUCAACGUGGAAUUUUUUUUAAAGGCUCUACCAAGGAAUUGAGUUGUGCAAUAAGUAGCAAGUAACACAGUUGUGUUUUUAUAUAAUACUAGAGACCCACCAAAUCUUUCCACUCACUGAAUUUUUGCUGGUGGCUGAAUUCUUAUUUAUGGAUUAAUAAUAGGAUCAUGCCUCAAACAAAUAUUUUAGUUUUGUUUUAAAUUUUAAAUUAAGAGAUUCCCAAAUUCUGCACCACUCUCCCCCCACCCCUGCCACCAAUUUAGAGUGGGAUGAAUUUUUUAUAUAUAAGCAAUAUUUAUUUAUUGUGUGAAGUUAUUGGGUGCUCAUAAAGGCCUUUAAACAUUCCUUCCCACCAUUCCUAAGUGACAUAAAGUGAUUGUGCAAUGUUCCUGAUGAUGUACCCAGCAAGCUGCACCCAAACUUGAGUCUGUUGGAAUGAGUAACCCAACGAAAUGCCGUUUGAACCAGAGCCGCCUCCUGUGGCUUUGUGAGAAGAAGCAGUCUCCUUCCAGUGUCUGAUGGCCACAGAGGUUCCCUGGAUGAGACUUGGACCCAGCGGUCUUACUGUAUUUUACAUGUGCCUGUACGUUGUUUGGGGGGGAAAGAAUAAUAAAAAGUAAAGGAAAAAAAUGAUAUCUUAACAUGGCAAAUGCCAAACUACCUUAAAAACAAAUGUUGGUGACAGCCAGUUAAGUAUCAGUGAGCCUUUUAUCUGUUUCUAUUUCAAACCCAUUUCACAUACACUACUGAGGUAAGUUUAUAACUUGAAAUGUGAACUUUUUUUUUUUUUUUUUUUAGGGUUAA